AUGGCUUCACAUGACGACAAGAUCCUGGCUGCUUCGGCCAAGCACCCCAUUGUCCCCCUCCCAGCUGGCAGCCUUUACAAGUAUGGCACCGCCGGCUUCCGCAUGUCCUCUGACCUCCUCGAGGGGGUCUCCUUCAGGGUUGGCCUGCUGGCUUCUCUUCGAAGCCGCAAGCUGAGCAGCCAAGCCAUCGGUGUCAUGAUUACUGCCAGCCACAACCCAGCCAAGGACAAUGGCGUCAAGGUCGUCGACCCCAUGGGCGAGAUGCUUGAGCAGGAGUGGGAGAGCUAUGCCACCAAGCUGGUCAACUGCCAGACUGACAAGGAACUCGUAGAGGUCUACAAUGGUCUGGCUGCUCAGCUCAAGAUCGACCUCAAGGCCCCUGCCAAGGUCGUCUAUGGCCGCGACACUAGGCCCUCAGGCCACACCCUCGUCACCGCUCUCGCCGCUGCACUCGAGGCUACUGGCACCGAGUAUGUUGACUACAAGAUCCUGACCACCCCUCAGCUCCACUAUUUGACGAGAGCCAUCAACACCGAGGACACCCCUCAGUCCUACGGCGAGGUCAGCGAGGCUGGAUACUACAAGAAGUUCUCCGACGCCUUCAUCCGCGCUCUCAAGGGGCGCAAGAUCAACGGCUCCUUGACCGUCGACUGUGCCAAUGGCGUCGGUGGGCCCAAGUUGACCGAGCUGCUGAAGUACCUCCCCAAGGACAAGGUCCCAUUUGAUGUCAACGUCGUCAACGAUGAUGUCCUCCGACCCGAAGUUCUGAACUUGGAUAGCGGCGCCGACUUCGUCAAGACCAAGCAGCGAGCCCCCCCUUCACCCAAGCCUGAGCUCGGCGCCCGAUACUGCUCCCUCGACGGUGACGCUGAUCGUCUGAUAUACUACUGGACCGACGCUGAGACGGGCUUCUUUAUGCUUGACGGCGACCGCAUCUCCACUCUGGCUGCGUCAUUUAUUGCCGACUUGGUGCGGUCCGCGGGGCUUGAGGAGGAUCUGCGCAUCGGCGUGGUGCAAACCGCAUACGCCAACGGCGCCAGCACGAAAUACAUCUCAGACCACCUUCGCCUUCCUGUCGUCUGCACGCCAACCGGUGUGAAGCACCUGCACCAUGCGGCGUGCAACUUCGACGUGGGGGUCUACUUCGAGGCGAAUGGCCACGGCACGGUCGUCUUCUCCAACGACGCUCUGCGCACCUUCAAAGAGAAGGAGCCUCAGUCUCCUGCUCAGAAGGACGCACUUGAGACCCUCUCUGCCGUGGGAGACCUCAUCAACCAGACCGUCGGCGACGCCCUUUCGGAUAUGCUACUGGUGGAGGUGAUCCUGGCACACAAGGGCUGGACGCUGAAGGACUGGGCUAUGACCUACACGGACCUGCCCAAUAGGCUGGUCCGCGUCGAGGUCGGCGAUAAGGAUCUUUUCCAGACCACGGACGCGGAGCGCAAGCUGUCGCACCCCGCUGGCGCACAGGACGAGAUCGACGCCCUGGUCAAGAAGUACACCAGCGCCCGCAGCUUCGCCCGUGCUUCGGGCACCGAGAACGCUUGCCGCGUCUACGCGGAGGCCGCAACCAGGAGCAGCGAUAUGUCAACGCCUGAGGGCCUUCUCGAGCUACAGCUGCUAACCCCUAUCACACCAACGCCACCGCUACUGCCUCAAAAUGCCAACGGCAACGGGGAUUACUUCAAGCAACUAUCCUCACCUCACAUCAAGAUGGAUGCUUUGGAGCAGGGUUUACCCACUGAAAUGACGGAGAAGGCAAUGGAGAGCGCGGUCGAGAUGCUGGCAUCAUCCGAAAAGGCUGCCCCACACAAAAACAUUAACGAUAACGACGCUGAUCUUCUGUUCAAGAUUGACAUGGACGAGUGA